UGCAAACUCCAACCUCAAGUCAAACACUUGUUACUGCAAUUAACUGCAAUAUAUUCAAAAACAACACUAAAAUGAAUGUGAAUAAAGGGGCCGUUAAUUGAACGACGAAAUGGUCUGGAACAGGUCAAAUUUUUGGAGCGAGUAAAAGUUGUGGGUCGGGGGGUGGCACUGCCAGAGGUGGGGCCGCGCGCCGGUCUCGUCGUUGAUGUCGAGGCAAUAUCCCUUGUGCGUCAAGUGGCGCAGCUGGUUGGUGUACACAUCGUAUUGCCACUUUUGAUUCUUGUUGGUGUCGCCACACUUCCACGUAUGCACGCGACCACCGUUCCACGGCUCGUACGCGUCGAGGCAGUUGUAGUCAAUGACCGACCGCACCUGGUGGAAGUCGCGGUUGUAGUCCCACUCCUGGCGCCACGCGGCCGGCAGCGGCGCGUUCGGGUCGGACGGAUUCUCGGCCGGGUCUUUCGGCAACAGCGCCGCAAACGAAAUGUCCCCCGCCGUGUCGUUGCGCUCCGUCUUGGUCGUGGUCAGGAGCAGGUCCUUGCGCUGCAAAUGACCGAUCUCCUGGACCACGGACCAGUACUGGUUCUUGUUGACGUCGUGGGAAUGGCACUCCCACACUUGGGCCUGGCGCUGGGGGGCCGUGGGGUCGGCAUCCAGACACACGUUCGGGUGCGUGGCGUGCUGGAUGCGGUGAUUGGCCAUGUCCACGUACCACCGCUGGUUGGGGUUAGCGCCGUCGCACGCCCACGUGUGGACCCAGUACUUGCCGUCCUUGGGGUACGCGUCGAGGCACUCGCGCUGGUUGCUGUUGCUGCGGAGCUGCUGGGUGUCCUUGUUGAAUAGCCACCACUCGUUCAUGUUGUCCUUCUUGGCGUCGGCAAACAGGUUCGAGUACCAUUCCGAGAGCGGGUAGUCUUGUGCAGAGUAGAAGCGCCACGCGACUUCGUUGGCGCUGGCGGGCGCGGCCGAGGCGGCCAACGACAGCGCGGCAGCAAUGCAAGCAAUCGACUUCAUGAUCGAUGGAUGGUAAAUGGGAAAGUGAGGUUGGGAUCCCAAGUGAUCAUAAAUUUGGAGUCCUCUUUGCUUUGCAUCGUCCAUCUUGUUCUUCCAGUUUCGUCGUCCGUGGGAAAGUUGAAUGGAACUAACUGGGC